UGCACGGGCCGAGGUGCAGAAGCCUUCCCUCCUCCCUCCGUCCCUCCUCCCCUCCACACAGCCGCGUCUCUGCAGCCUCCCCAGCGCGCUGUGAUCCGGAGCCGGGACACUUCCGCCUUUCACCGCCUUAGUCUCCAUUUAAAAGAAGAGAGAGGGAGGAGACUUUCUCCUCAGGAGUGACAAGCAGAGAAAACACACACACACACACACAGCCUGCUGCGGGAGUGAGAGAGCGUGUGAUGGACAGAGCAGUGUGAUGGAGGGAGGGAAACUUGUGCGCGUGUGACAGAAGAGUGGUAUUUGUUGUGAUACUGUGUUGUGAUACUGUGUUGUGAUACUGUGCUGUGAUACUGUGUUGUGUGUGUACUCUGUGAGAAGAUGACCUGCAGGAGCUUGACUGUGCUGCUGUCCAGCCUUCUUCUUUGCCACCUGUUUCCUUCAUACACACACGGCAGCUCACUGGUAUCCAAUGCCACUCAGUUCAACUCCUCUCACGCUGCGUCUAAUAUGGUGGAGCUUAAACCUGCACUUCCUGGUAAAGCUAUGGCCAUUUCCUCGUCCCAGAUCCAUGCCCAUAAAGCGCGUGCAGCAGAGGAGCCUGGAAGCAGUGGACUGGGUGAAAACAGGCCUUACCUACCCAGCGCUGACUCAGUUGAACAGGAGCACCGAACUGACGUGGCUGUAGGUGGCAUGGGUGCAGGUCUACCCACCAUGUCUCACGGCAAAGCCCAGCUGGACUUUAAAGAGGAAAACACAGAAGACACUGCCCCUCGCUGGCACAGUAAAAUUCUACAGCCUGAUGGAAGUGUCCUAGAUCUUGACAGUCAUUCUUCUUCACAUGAGCGAUCGUUGUUCUUCAGCAAGCCAGAUGAUUCCAGCCCCAUCAUUAAAGUGAGCUUUUCUGAACCUGAUCAACACCACCAGAUUGAAAUCCCACCUCAGGAGGUUCAGAGUGGAGAUCCCACCUCUUGGACAUUGUCCGAUUUUUACGAUUAUCUGUCACCUGACUACUCCACCACUGAGAGCUACGCCGAUGAUGACCGGUCCACACGUGCAGACAUGGAGGAUGAAAAUAUUCCGCUGGUUAAGAAGGCAGGUCCUGCUAACUCACAGUCUUUGACCCCUGACGAUGGUGCGUCCGGUGGGGAUGAUCUGGCAGGACCUCCAGGGGCUGUGGUUAGGGUCGAGAACGGCGGUUGCCUUCUGGGAUUCGUUCGCAGGAAUGGCACCUGCCACUCACCUUGUGAUGUCUACACCAGUUACUGCUUUAAUGGAGGCCAGUGCUAUGUGGUGGAGGGGAUUGGAGCAUUUUGCAGGUGUAACAUACAGGACUACAUGUGGAACAAAGGUACCAGGUGUGAGUCCGUCAUUACAGAGUUCCAAGUGAUGUGCGUUGUGGUGAGCGGCGUUUCAGUCACGCUGCUCGUCCUCUUUAUGGUAAUAGUGUUCUUCUCCAAGCGACUCCAUGUACUGAAAAUUGAAAACAGACAACUGCGAAAACGCAGUAAGUCCAGGCCCCAGUCGGAGCAGCACAAUGAUAACUUCUCGCUGUCCACCGUUGCUGAAGGCUCACAGGCAAACGUAAGGAAUGAGUGUGGCUCUCCAUCUAACCCUCCUCAUGCUUUGGCUUACUAUGAUAACAUUAUCUGUCAGAAUGACACUGCCAAGCCAGAGGAGCCAGAGGAGCCAGAGGAGCCAGUCAAAACCCCUGCUAAGGAGGAUGAGUCUCUGAACAUCCAGAACUCGCUGACACCUAAACAUGAGAACAACCCCAUCGUCAGUGACGAUCAGGAAGAGAGCGGUGUGACCAUCGAUUUGGAGCUGCUCCUCCCUAACAAGGCGAAGACGCACCCUGAGACAAGCCCACCACUUCACUAUAAUGUCUUCCUCUAUAAGCUCCCCAAAUCCCCCAAAAUAUCCCCAGGACGAUCCAGGCAAGGCAAAGUCCUCCCACAGAUACGGCCCAGACGAGGCUCUGAGCCCGGCUAUAGCCCGAUGUCCUCCAGGACGCCCAACCCUCGCCUGGGGAAAGCCUGCACACCAUAACACUUUGAAAAAUGUUUUAAUGGUCACCAUGACGAUGCCACUGCAAUGUCUGGGAAUGACAAACUGACAGCUGCUUAAAGGACCCAUCUUCUCACUGAGAUUUGGCCAACAGUCUCAAAGUCAGGUACACACGUAGUCAACACACCUGUACCAUAAACAAAUAACAAGCUGAAACAUAGGAUUUUACCCACGGAUCUCAUGUAAGAAUAUAAAGUACCAAUAUAUUCCAAAUGCACACUGGAUAGUAAUGACUGUAAUGACCAAGAAUCUACCAACACUGGCUGACCUGUAAUCAUUCCCAAAACACUUCUGAUAUCAAACAUGAAUGUCUGCCACGACUCCAAUAUCUCAUCUGUCACGUCAUACAGCAAACAAAUGUUCUGAAGGAUAACUAAUUCAUUAAUUAAUGAGGUGCUUUUUUCACAUUUUUAAUCUGAUUAAUACUUUUCAUUUAGAAUAAACACUUUGAAUUAUGUGAAUACUUCAUAA